AUGGAAUAUGACGAGAGACUUGCCCGCUUUCGCCAAGGCCACGUCAACCCCUUUGACAGAGAGGAAGAAGAUGGCACCACAGAGGGAAAGGAUCCUCUUAAAAAUGAGAUGAGACCCGAGGUGUACUCCUCUGAGACCAAAACCCAGACCUCAGACAGGACUAUGGACCUAGGCUUGGCUGAGGACCACUUCUCUCGGCCUGUGGGUUCAUUUGUGGCAUCUGAUAUUGAACAGUUGAAGCAGGCUAUAGAGGAGUGUAAGAGACUGAUCUUGGAACUUCCUGAACAUUCAGAGAAACAGAAGGACAAUGUUGUCAAACUAAUUCACCUCCGUCUAAAGCUACAGGAGUUGAAGGACCCAGAGGAGGACGAGCCCAACCUGAGAGUUCUGCUGGAGCAUCGCUUCUCUAAGGAGAAGAGCAAGAGUGUCAAACAGACCUGUGACAAGUGCAGCACCAUCAUCUGGGGCCUCAUUCAGACCUGGUACACCUGCACAGGAUGUUACUAUCGUUGCCACAGCAAGUGCAUGAACCUCAUUACAAAACCUUGUGUGAAGACAAAGGUGAGCCACCAGUCUGAGUAUGAGCUGAACAUCUGUCCAGAGAUUGGUCUAGAUAAACAGGACUACAGGUGUGUGGAGUGCCGGGCACCCGUGUCACUGAGGGGCGUGCCAAGUGAGGCCAGGCAGUGUGACUACACUGGGCAGUACUACUGCAGCAGCUGUCACUGGAAUGACACAGCUAUCAUCCCUGCGCGUGUUAUCCAUAACUGGGAGUUUGAGCCAAGGAAGGUGUGCCGCUCCUCCAUGCGUUACCUGGCUCUGAUGAUGUCUAGGCCUGUGCUAAAACUAAAGGAGAUCAACCCACUGCUUUUCAACUUUGUGGAGGAGCUUGUAGAGAUCAGGAAACUGCGUCAGGACAUUCUGCUGAUGAAGCCGUACUUUAUCACCUGUAAGGAGGCCAUGGAAGCCAGACUGCUGCUGCAGCUUCAAGACCGUCAGCACUUUGUAGAGAACGAUGACAUGUACAGCCUGCAGGACCUGAUUGACAUUUCCAGUGGACGUUUAAGCUGUUCCCUCACCGAGAUCCACACCACGUUUGCCAAGCACAUCAAAUUGGAUUGCGAGAGGUGCCAAGCCAAAGGGUUUGUGUGUGAGCUGUGUAAGGAGGGGGAUAUUCUCUUUCCCUUUGACAGCCAUACCUCUGUGUGCCAGGACUGCUCUGCUGUGUUCCACAGGGAUUGUUACUAUGACAACUCCACAACCUGUCCUCGAUGUGCCAGAAUGACCGAGCGGAAGCAGGAGCCAUUGGAGGCCUAACACACCCGUACAGCUGUGACGAAGCCUAUCACUGUGACAACCUCUAGGAUCAGCUGUAAAACUGACAAACAACUGGAAAAAAAAA